AGUAAGAAAUAUCUCGGCGAUCUUUCAUAUCAGUGUUUACCCUAAAGGCCGGUUCGACGUGGCCUAAGUUACCAUAACAAGCUUUAACCUCCAACAGCCAUAAAAUUCGGUUUUCGCGAAAAGCAAACUAUUUUUGGAGUAAUCCAAGGGCAUUUGGAUGCGGUUUAAACUGCGUUUUUAAAAACGGUUGAUUUGCGGUGAUUGGAAACCAAUCGCUCAGAAACAAGAUGACAAAGAAGCAUGCUUUCAAAAACGCAGAAGAUAUGAAGAAAUAUCACUUGAGUGAAUUCAAUUCCGAAGCUACUCCUUUAACAAGACCUGCCACGAAGAGCUUACAGCAUGUUCCUUGUAAGUUUUUUCGCCAAGGAACCUGUACUAGUGGAAAAGAUUGUAUUUUUAGUCACGACUUGGAAUGUGCGUUAGAAAAAACUGUCUGUAAAUAUUUUCAAAAGGGGAAUUGCAAAUUCGGCACCAAAUGUGCAUUAGAACACGUCCUUUCAGAUGGAAAGCGCGUAAAAACACGUGCAUUAACUUCAACUACACUUGGCGGUCCUAUAAAUCAUACCGAUCAAGUUGCUCCUGCAAUGGUAGGUCCGCAGUUACCGAAAGAGCUAGCUGACUCAGGAUUGGAAGCUCAGAACUUACCGGAAAAUAAAUCAGAUUAUGGAAUUGAUUCUUAUAAUCCAACGCACGUGGCUCCUGCUAGUGAAAGCGCUAUGCAUAAGCUACCUCUAAAAUCUAAUGAAAAGGCAGCAAUCCCGCCAAAAAAUAAUAUACUAGACCAAGAAAGUAUUUCUCUCGCCCCUCCAAAAAAUAAUGUUAAUCAAAGUCAAAAUUCAUCGCCUAAUGCUUAUAAUAUGUCUAUGAAUGCCUCCAUCUUACCUGCAGCAAAAAGGACUAUUUCUAAUCCCUCUAUAAAACCUCCUUUAUUGGAAGGUUCUUCAUCUUUUUCUUCCAUUACUGGAAUGCUAUCUUCUCCUCCUUUAACACCUGAAAAUCAUCAAAUGUUUUAUUUGCCUGUGAAUUCUUUGAGCACAGGUAUGCGUAACCUGAAGUUACUACCUCAAGAUAAUUUAUCCCUUGGCUUUAAGUCACCUUCCUUAGAUCGCUCGCAAAGCUCUUCAGUCCUUCCUAGGGUCUCCUCUGGCAGUUACACUGGACUUGGACGGUUCGCAAAAAGUCCUCCACCUGGGUCCGUGCCGGGAGCAGGUGGCUUAAAGAAUUUGGGAAGUAAUACUGUGCUUCAUUCCUCCUCUGCCUCAUUUGAUAAUACACAUGCAUUCCCUAGUCGUCGAAGUGUGCCUAAUUUGAUGUCUACUCUUGGAGCAAGUCCUUCAAAUUUACAUUCUUAUCUCUCUAAAAAUGCAGAUAAGGGUCAAGCUAGUAAGUUGAAUACACCCCAAGGCUUUUUUACUUCAGCAUCGCUGUAUGGUUCUUCUGUAGGGACAUCUCAAGACGAGUUACUUAGCACUGAUGGCGCUGACGAAUUCGCUAAUGAAGAGGAUUUUAUUCCUAAUAGCUUACAAGAACUUUUAACUCCAGCGGAGCUCGAACGAAAAAUGAGUCACAGUGAUGAUUUCCCUAACUCUUCAUCUACAAAUCGAUUUAUUUCAAAAACAUCAUCUGGCUUGAAUAGCGCAAAUGCUACGCCAUUCGGAUCAGUGAAUGGAACACCAACAUCAAGCAGAUAUUAUGCAUUUUUUGAGAGAAAUAAAGAAGGAAACAAUACGUCUACUAAGUUGUCACCAGCCGCAAUCUCAAAAAUAUCGCAGGAUUCAUUGAAUCUUAAUCACGCAAAAGCAACUCAAUCCAGUUUAUCCGCUAUAUCUGAGUCAUUUGAAGCAAAACUUAACUUGAAUGGAAAAAAACAUCAAGAGGACCUGAACUCGAAAGUGCCACUUCAAGGUCCCGAACAACAGCUUCUGUAUGAUUCAGUGUUGGACGAAGAGACUCAAUUUCAAAUGGAUGAAGAAUGAAUUAAAAGUUUGUAUACAAAAUUGCUUUAUUGUCAUGUUAAACUAAAAAAGUGAAGUAAUAAGCUUCCUCAAGAAUUUGCUCAGUGCAAACUUACUAUCAAAAAUGUCGUAUUAAAGACUAUAAUGAAAUGUAUAGAAUCCACAAAGAUAAAAGAGUCGUUAAGUCGUUAAAAACUGUUACAGCUAUUCCGUAGAAAUUCAUAUUUAUUUGCAUAAUUUAUUCCACCCUAAUAUCCAAAAACCAAG